AUGGCUUCGCAAGCAGACUACAAGGAUCGCCAGUUCCUCGCCGUCAUUGGCGACGAAGACUCCGUAACUGGUCUUCUUCUUGCAGGAAUCGGCCAUGUGACCACAGGUGCCGACGCCCAGAAGAACUUCCUCGUUGUCGACGGCAAGACCGACACAUCCGCCAUCGAGGCCGCGUUCGACCGAUUUACCGAAGAACGAAAAGAUAUCGGCAUUGUGCUCAUCAACCAACACGUCAGACUCUCGCUUCACAUCUAUCUGGCUGCAAGACUGAUGAUUAUACAGAUUGCGGACCGAAUUCGACACCGUAUCGAUACAUACACCGCGGCUUUCCCUGCUGUGUUGGAGAUCCCAAGCAAAGACCACCCUUACGACCCCGAGAAGGAUAGUGUAUUGCGACGAGUGCGACGCCUGUUUGGAGAGUAA